AAGUGCAAACGGUGCAACAGGUCCAGCAUGUCUACCCAGCCCAGGUGCAGUAUGUGGAGGGAAGUGACACCGUCUACACAAACGGAGCUAUACGAACAACCACGUAUCCUUACACAGAAACUCAGAUGUACAGCCAAAACACUGGAGGGAAUUACUUUGAUACCCAAGGCAGUUCUGCACAGAUUGAAAUGGCGAUUGAGACACUGCAAAAGUCUGAUGGUCUGUCCACUCACAGAAGCUCUCUUCUCAACAGCCAUCUCCAGUGGCUUUUAGACAACUAUGAAACAGCAGAAGGAGUGAGUCUCCCCAGAAGUACCCUCUACAACCACUACUUGAGACACUGUCAGGAGCAUAAAUUGGACCCAGUCAAUGCUGCCUCUUUUGGAAAACUAAUAAGGUCAAUUUUCAUGGGCCUACGAACCAGAAGAUUGGGAACCAGGGGGAACUCCAAAUAUCAUUACUAUGGGAUUCGUGUCAAGCCAGACUCCCCUCUAAAUCGGCUACAAGAGGACAUGCAAUAUAUGGCUAUGAGACAGCAACCCAUGCAGCAGAAACAAAGGUACAAGCCUAUGCAGAAAGUGGAUGGAGUCACAGACGGUUUCACAACAAGUGGUCAACAGACAGGCACAUCUGUUGAACAAACUGUAAUUGCUCAAAGUCAACAUCAUCAACAGUUUUUGGAUGCAUCUCGAGCACUUCCAGAGUUCGGAGAAGUUGAAAUCUCUUCUCUGCCAGAUGGUACUACUUUUGAGGAUAUUAAGUCAUUGCAGAGUCUCUAUCGAGAGCACUGUGAGGCAAUAUUGGAUGUUGUAGUGAACCUUCAGUUUAGCCUAAUAGAAAAAUUGUGGCAGACUUUCUGGCGCUAUUCUCCCUCAACAACAACCGAUGGCACUACCAUUACUGAACCAAGCAAUCUGAGUGAAAUAGAAAGUCGACUUCCGAAAGCAAAGCUGAUUACUCUGUGCAAAAAUGAGUCAAUUCUGAAAUGGAUGUGUAACUGUGACCAUGUGAUGUACCAGACUUUGGUGGAGAUUCUCAUUCCUGACGUCCUUAGACCUAUUCCUAGUGCCUUGACCCAAGCCAUUCGCAAUUUUGCAAAAAGCCUUGAAGGUUGGCUUUCCAAUGCCAUGAACAAUAUUCCACAGAGAAUGAUUCAAACCAAGGUUGCCGCUGUAAGUGCCUUUGCUCAGACUCUGCGAAGAUACACAUCUCUGAAUCAUCUGGCUCAGGCAGCACGGGCUGUACUGCAGAACACGUCUCAAAUCAACCAGAUGCUCAAUGACCUCAACCGUGUAGAUUUUGCCAAUGUCCAGGAGCAGGCUUCCUGGGUGUGCCAGUGUGAUGACAACAUGGUGCAGAGGUUGGAAACAGAUUUCAAGAUGACUCUUCAGCAGCAGAGCACUCUGGAGCAGUGGGCGGCCUGGCUUGACAACGUCAUGAUGCAAGCACUGAAACCGUACGAAGGAAGGCCGAGUUUUCCUAAAGCAGCACGGCAAUUUCUCUUAAAGUGGUCUUUCUACAGCUCAAUGGUUAUUCGAGAUUUAACCUUGCGCAGUGCUGCUAGCUUUGGUUCUUUUCAUCUGAUCCGUCUAUUGUAUGACGAAUACAUGUUUUACUUAGUUGAACAUCGUGUUGCUCAAGCCACAGGAGAGACACCUAUUGCGGUUAUGGGAGAAUUUGGUGAUUUAAAUGCUGUGUCUCCUGGAAAUUUGGACAAAGAUUGCAGGAUUCAUGGUGGUUUUAUUUGUGCAGAUGAAGGUAGCGAAGUGGAAAGCGAAAUGGACGAAGAGCUGGAUGACUCCGGAGAGCCGCAAGCCAAGAGAGAGAAGAGUGACCUGAGCCAGGCCUUCCAGGUGGGCUGCCUGCAACCCGUCCUGGAGAGCGGAGUUCAGCAGAGCCUGCUGGGCCCCCUGCACAAUGAGCACAUUGUGACAGCCACGCAAACGAUCAGACAAUGCAGUGCCACUGGAAACACGUAUACUGCAGUCUAACAGAUAUUAAAGCUCUUUUUUUUCCAGAUUAUAUUAGCCCUGUUGAUGUUGGGCUUAUCCUGGGGGAGGGGAGGGAUGCAAAAAAAGAAGUCUGAAGGUCGACUGUUGUCAAAUUUUAUCUGUGCUUGAACAUUACUUUUACUGGAGUUGUGAAAUGAAAUGAGUGUAUGUAUUUCUCCAGGUCUCUUUUGGAAAAGAAAAAAAAAAUUGGUAAAUACAAUCAUUUUACACUGGCCGCUUAAUAUAAAGAGUUUUCUUAGUUUCAAGAGUCAAGAAGCGUUUUUGAGAAGCUUAAUGUUAAUGUUUUUGUCCUCUUUAUAAUUAAAAGUAAUUUAAUUUUUCAUAGUUUUUACAAAAUAUUUUAAUGUUAACUGUUAGUCAUGGUGAUUUCGUAUAAAUAGGGUUUUAAUUAAUUGCACUCUGAAAUAUCAAGAAUUUUCCUCUUUGAUUUACACUGGAGGCCUGCUCAUUUGAUAGCAGCUGCAUUAAACUUGUUAUAGGAAAGGCAGCUUUCAUUGGACAGAACUGGAAGAUGCUAUUUUGAUACAUUUCAGAGUGUUCAGGGGUUAUAUUGGAAAUUUUAUUAUGACGCUAGAGAACAUAGACUGUCGUCUUUCUCAGAGGAAGAGCGAUUCUCACGGUUGCAGGAUAAAUGAGAGCUCUGAUCACAUGUGGCAAUGUGUACUUAAUUCAUGUACACAGGACACCAUUACAGACAAUGCAAUCUUCCUUUUCAAAAAAGAAUCAGUUAUUUGCGUACCAACUCCUCUCUUUUAAGACUACUGAUUUCAGGUGCCGUCUGCCCAAGCAGCCGACUCUGUGCAACCUCCGCUGGCUUCAGUUGAGCUUGCAGCAGAUUUGAAGCCUGUCCUGGGGGGAUGAUGCACCACAUAAACACAGGGGACCACCACCCAGAUGCUUUCUGCUCUUCAGUGGGACUGUCGAUGCUAGAGACUGAAGCUAGAAAAAGAAAAGAAAAGCAUCUUGAUUAUUAUUUUUUAAGUGUACGUACUACUUAUGCUGAACUGGACAUGCAGGAAACCAUUCCUUUCAGAUGACUUUUUUUAUUCCAUGUCCUUUUCCCCGUGAUAGUUCAAUCUGCUGCUCUUGUUAAAGAUAGUUUAUAGGAUGCAAGGAAUGUAGCAACCUGCAUUGUAACUUUGCUCAAAAUAAUUCCUGGUUCUUAAGUGGAUUUCAUUUUAUACAAAAAUGUUUAAAAGGCAGUGAAACUGGCACAUGUCACUUGUACUUAUUUCCCAAUUGCGUAGAAUUUGAAUAGGUGGCUAGACGGACCAUUGCCAUUUAAGAAUGUACAUCAGGGAUCAUUGUACCUCGGCUAUUACAUGGUGCCUUAAACAGAACUGAAGCUAAGAUUUUCUUGUUAAUAACUCUUGCAUUGAUUCAGCAAAGUGUGCCUGUCUUCUUUCUUUCUCCCCUCCUCCCCCAAGUCCCCAAACAGUAGAAGGGCAGGUUACAUAGUUUUCAAAAGUCAAGAUUUUCUUUAUUUAUUUAUUAGAUACAGUAUCCCGCUUAGAGUGACGGCAUAUUUCUUCUUUAUAGCUGAAUUUCACUUUAUUACUAAUCAGAUUUUCUUGGUGGGGAGGGGAGUGUAUGAAAAACAAAACUAGCUUUAACAAUGUCAAAGGUCAACAAAAUAGGUUAGCCAAUUUCCAAACAAGAAUUUAUAUAUAUUUCUAAACCCUUAUCUACUUUUAAUUUUUAAAAAGUAAAGUAAGCAAAACUUUUUAAAGCAGCAUAUAGUUACAAUUUGUGCACAUGUGGGGGGUCAGUCUGCUGUUUCAUUUACUGGUUAAAUCAUACUAUAUGUGGGUUUUUUUUGUUUUGCUUUUGUCUAAUGACCUGUUACAAGUAUAAUGGAUUAAACAUGUCAUUGGUUGAAAAUAUACCUGAAUUUCCUUAGUUUGAUCAAAACAAACCAAAAAUGAAGGAAAGCACAAAGAAAAUUCACAGACUCUAUAGCACAAGGCCCAUGUCAAAUAUUCAGAGCCUUGUUUGUCAUUUGUCUGAAAGACGAUAUUUAAGGUUAGAGUCACCACAUGCUUGAACAGCAAGGAGAAAUUGUUGGUAUAUUUAUAGCACACAAGUUUGAUCCUAGGUUUUUCAUGUUUCAAGAAUUUCUAAAGAUUUACUAAUUUUUUAAUUUAAACAUUUAUACUUCUAAACCAAGCUUUAUGAAUUUUCUUAAAGUUGCAGAAUUGGAGGCCCACUGGCAGAGCGGCCAGGCAAGAUUUUGCGCCUGGUCAUUCCUGCCACAUUGUUUAACUUAUGCUGAUAUGAUUCCAUGAUCAUUCUGUUUCCUCUGUUAUUUAAAUGUGUCCCCAUCCCCCCGCUCAAAAUCCAUCACGUCUGUACCCCUCACCAUUUUUUAAAGAAAUCUAAGCUGUGAUACUUACUCCCUCUCAUUGUGCAUUAUGAAAUGUUUACACUUAAAUACAGUGAAAUUAAAUGUAAAAACAAAGAAACACUUUUCAGCAUAGUUUUUUAAGGCUCUAGUAAGGAGAUUAGAUUUAUUUACUGAUAAUAAUCCUUUGAGAUGGCAAACUUGUAUGUUUUCUAAUCAUUGUCCUUUUCAUUAUUGUUGAAUUUUGUUCAUGCAGCGAAAUGACAAAGAUGCAAAUUUAGUUUUCUGAGAGAGACAGGCCUUGUAAAUCCUCUGUAAGUCAACUCUUUUCGCCUUCCCACCUUAGUUGAUCACUGUAUUCAAGGUGCCAAAAAGAUCAAUAUAUAAUUUUAUCUUAUGUCAAGUUUUCUGAUUAAAAGGUGACAUUCUAGUCUGUAAUGGAACCAGGUAAAUAAGAUGGAUCUCUGCAGCCACAUAUUGCCCCAGAUUCAUCCAAAAAUGCUCUGAUAAGUUAAUAUUUUUAAAAAAUGGAAUACUAGUUUUGAUCAACCCAAAUGUGCGUAUUUUUAUCACUUAAUUUAGUGGCAGUUGAUCAUUUCUGCUUUUCUAUUUAUUGGUCUCACAAAUAGGGUGAGUCCUCUGCCCUGCAUUGUCCCCACAUACCCUUCCGCGUAAUCAUGAAGUCACAUCAAGGGAGCUUUCUGACACUCCACUCUUGGUGCCUAUAUCCUUUCAGCAUUCCUUGCAAAAUGUGGCUGGGAUUCCCAGACUCCCCUGCAUGUGCCCAAGUGCAUCUGUGCCCCUAACCCAGAGGGCUGCCCCAAGUUCCUCUUCCCACCCCAGAUCCUUUGGACCUUAGAUGUUGCCCCAGAAUCCCCCCAACUUGCCUUGGGUAGGAAACCUCAGACCCAUAGAGGGCUUUGAAUCUUGGAGAUGAAUUUAAACAAAAUCACAAUUUAACCAUCAUUCACAACACAAAUAUUAAUAUUAUGUCUUAGCACUGACAUUACCAGUGCUUUUUUUCUGGGGGGACGCAGGCGUACGCAUACCCCUCAACAUUUUGUGAAUCUAACUUUGGCCUCUUUGAGGGGCAGUAUUUCAAUAUCAGUAGAAAAAUGAGAGUACCCAUAAACAUUUUUUUAAAGAAAAAAAGCACUGGACAUUAUUAACUCUUGAUGGCAUUGCAGGAGAAUAGACUCAUAGGAUUUGUGUGGCUCCUUUCUUUAAAAGUUGGUUUAAGGAAUAAUAAGUUUUAAAAAUAGGACUUUUUGGCUCUUGUAGAAGUAAUGCAGUGAUCAAUGUAGACGCUACUCUGGAAACUUCCUACUCAGAGGCCAGGCCCAGUUUUCAUAAGCUCUUCAGGAAUGCAAAAUAGUUGGUGCUGUCACUUUAAACUUACAAAUGUUUGUACUGUCUUGUCGAAAUUAUUUGCUUUGUGCUUAUUUUUGUAUUACAACUUGGAAUUACGACACUACUUUAGAAAUGGAUCACCUUUUAAAAAGUUACCAAUGUGCAAUGUUACCACAUUUGGUUCACCGUGCGUGGUGAUAAUUUAAACAGGACUUGUACUAAUGGUACCGUCAUUCAGGAAUGUACAGAUCUACAUACAAUUUCUUUAAUUUAAAACGAGGUAUUUUUAAGCAUCGGAAACACUUCUCUCAAAUUAUUUUCAGUAAAGCAUUAAAUAACUGCAUAGUUUUCACGAGACAAA